CACAAUUUUCGAUUCCAUUAGUUGCUGAUCAAUUUGUUUUACACAAUCGAUGGAUGUUCAUACUGGAAAUCGGAACCAGGAAAAUGAAGAUCAAAAUCCCGGGAAGGAUCUGGAGGACGCAAAUCAUGCAGAAGACGAAAAUCACUUCGUUGAUGAAGAUACAGAGGUUAAUAUUGAUUUCAGUGAAGGACAACCACAUGUUACACAUGAUUACGUUUCUCCUGAAUCAAUUGCUUUAACUCUUAAACUGUACUCAUCCUCAUGA